UUUGAACGAAAGCCGGUGACAAAUCUGCCUGAAAAUUCUAAACGUAAACAUGCCAAUAAUAAGACUGAUGUUAGUAUUUUUGGUGUUUAAAAGUGUGCUUUCAGGUGUAUAUGGAAAUAAUAGCAACUCUGAAAAUGAUUCCAAAGUUCUUCAAAUGCUGAUUGAUUGUGGAGGGAGUGUUACAUCCCUAAGAAAUGAGCUUCAAGACAUGAAAGAUAAGUUAGAAAGACUGCGUUCAGAGGCAGCAACGGACACCUACAUUAGAUGGGGAAGAUCUUCUUGUCCAAGCGGAGCAACAACCGUUUAUGACGGAUUUGCUGCAGGGUCAUAUUAUACCCAUAGUGGAGCAGCUGCUAAUCAUAUUUGUUUGUCAAAAAAGCCAAAAUUCAAUUAUCACUAUUCAAACCCUUAUAAAAGCAGUUAUAUAUACGGAGCUGAGUACCAAACUUACGAAAGUAUUUGGAACAAUCUCCAUAACCACGACGUUCCAUGUGCCGUAUGUCACAUUCCGCGUAGCAGUGUCAUCAUGAUUCCAGGAACAGACGACUGUCCUGAAAAUUUUAAAGAAGAGUACAGAGGUUAUCUUAUGUCUGGACAUCAUAGUCACACUGCAGCAACAGAAUUUGUCUGUGUGGAUGGUCAUCCUGUAACAGCCCCAUAUUCGAGCAAAACUGAUAAAGAUGGGACGAUGUUUUAUUUUGUUCGAGCUAAGUGCGGCUCAUUAAAAUGUCUGCCAUAUGAAGAGGGGAAGCAGAUCACAUGUGCCGUGUGUUCUUAUUCUCCUUAGAAUCAAGUACGAUAUAGCAAACUUUCGAAAAUGGUAAUGUGUCCUCUUUGUGAGUUAUUUCUGUAUUACAACAUUAUCUAUACAUUAGGUUUGAUAAACCGCAAGUGACGUCGUAACGUCGUUUAUCCAGAAAACGUAGAAUGAAAUCUAGACUCUGUAUACGGAAAUAAAAAUCGUUUUAAUGAAUAAAUGACAACCAGUGAGUAAAUUUAUUUAAACGGCAGCGUUGUUCUUUUUGUAAAGAUAAAAUGUGAUACCAAAAGGUCUGACAUGUUAGAAAUCCAAUUCUAAUACGCUUAUUUCUACGCUAAAAUGACGUCAAUUUUUUGUUGCGACCAAGAAAGAGCGCUUCUGUGCUUUAUCUAUUGGUUUAAAGGGAAUUCCUAUAGUUUUUAUGCGCAUCUUUCUGCGCAGCCGACAGUAUGUAUGGAAAAUUGAAGUGAAGUCAAUAUUUAUUGAAACAUGUGACAGACAAUCUUAGAUAUGGGGAAUCUUGAAUAAAAUAACAUUUUUUUAAGUUUUAUCAGUAAUUAAAUGUUGAUAUUGGUUUAUAUUGUAUUGACAUGUAUCAUGCCUGACUUGUAUCAUGCAACUUGCCAUUUGUGGCUGUGUUUUGACAGCGCAUUUUAGUACAAAGACAAUAUUGUUCAUAUAAUGUUAGACAAUUAACUUUGUAUUGUUAAAACAAUAUCUCCUUUCAGAUUGUUUAGUAUUCAAUUAUAUAAAGAAUUAAGAAUUUUUUUAACUGUUUUAACUUCUAGCAGAUAUACAUGUAAUCAAUUUGGUCAGGUUCGUGCCAUUUUUCGUCCGAACAGGUGUUGUAUUCAAACGGUAUUAACAUACAUUUUUGACCAUUUUUAUGUUCACAAUCCAAUUAUCUAUACACAAGAAAAACAGAAAAAAAAUCUAUGAAACUGUUUUUUCUUCACUAUGGGUAUUUUUCAUUGAAAAAAGUUCACAAAAGCGAAUAUGAAACAAGAUUUUUUUUUCAUUUUUACCCAUUAUUGUAAUGAUGUAGUAUUACAAAUAUGACUAUGUUAUCAAAUAAGUAUAUAAUAAAAUCUGUUAAAAGAAAUAACCUAAUUGUGCUGUCUUGAUGCAUAUUUUGAAUGGUAUUUAUAAAAAAAGCAGAAAAAUAUGAAAAUGUUGAAAAAUCGCUGGCAGUUUCAGCAACAGUGGGUGUGUUCAAAACAUUUUUUCACAAAAACAAGCCCGGUGACCCAUUGUUUUUAUUUGUUCAUUGUUUUCAGCACAAAUUUUCCUAUCAUAUAUUAUUUAUUUUAUUCAAGUCUCAUCGGCAUACAUAAAUAAAAUCAAAGUACGUAUUUGUAUUACAUAUAAUAUCUUAAAACAUAUUUAAUGCUGCCACUCAAUACUGAGUUACUUGAGACUAUAUAUCAUGAUAUAAAUUAUAUCAGAGAUUAUAUCAUAUAAAACAAACUCCACAUUAUAUUCACAUUAUAUAUGUGAAUUUGAAAAAAAAUUUAUGAAAGGAAAACAACUAUAGGAAUUCUCUUUAAAUUAAGGGCAUAUUAGAAUCGAAAUAAUGUAUAGCAAAAUCUUGUUUUACCUAAAUUAAUACACGCAAAAUCGGUUAUACGUCGCCAGAAUUCUCUCGGGCUAGGCCCUCGUGAAUUUCUACAGCGGACUUAUAACCUCUUUCCGUGUAUUAAUAACAAUUAAAAUUAGCGUGUAAUGUGCGGAUCUCUUUAAUCACGGGCAAAUGACUAAAAAACAAACGCAUGGACCUACACAGUUUAUUUCAACAUAUUAUAGACUAUAUGUUUAUCUACAACGCAAAAAAGUCGAACACGCUUUUGUAAGCAUAUUCUUAAGUUUAAAAAAAAACAGUGUGUAUGUGUGUGUGCGUGUGCGUGUGCGUGUGCGUGCGUGCGUGUCUGCCUGCCUGUCCGCGUGUUUGCGUGCGUGCGGGAUUCAAUACUUUUUCAACAUUUUUUUCAGUCAUAAAACUACAGUGUCUGCUUGCAGCAGUGAGCAUAAUGCCCAAGUUUAUAGUGCUGCCUCACUGGAAUAUCACUUAUUUAACAGCAAAUUUAUGUGAUAUCUUGACGUCAGAAUACGCACGUGUAGCCUUUCUUUCCCUAGGAAAAGAUAAAGUGAUCAUUGCAGAACUGAAAAACUUGUCGUUUUUGCUAUAUAGGCAAGAACCAUUCUUACUAGAUUUUGCAAAAAUACUUUUUAGUUAGAAAAUUGUUAUAAUUACAAAAUAUAAGGAUUUUAAGCUAUUCGUUCUUGUCAAAAUGGUGUGCUAUUUUCAAACAAGCAAAGAGAUUUUAAGUGAUACAACGUUCUGUCAAUACGAACUGUCUUUCUAAUGAAGUUUGUGCACACUUAUUUCAGUAUUAGAUUUGGAAAGGGCGUCUAUUGUUGAAUCUUCAAAAUAUAAUUAUUUAUUAUAUACUCUUACGUAAAUAUUUGGCUGGCAGUCAUGUAAUUGCUUUAUGAAGUUAUUACUGAUAGAUCAUAUCAUUUAAAUAAUACGUCACAAGAUAAUGAAUUAAAGUCGGCGGUAAAGAGAUAUAUCUGAAACAAUCAGUACUUUUAUCAUACUUCCGAAAUAGAUGCUUAAAAAAAAGAAAAAACAGUGACUAUUUAUUUAAAACAAAUACUACAAUGUAUUGUUCAAAAAUAGAAACUUAGUGAAAGGUUGAUUAUUAUUACAGUAUGAUUACGCAAAAGUUGGGACUAUUUAAGUCUGUAUUCAUUCAGUAAGAAUACAUACUGAUUCGAUUAGUGGAGAAGCUUUUAAAAGAAAUAUAGUUUAUCUCUUUCUUUUGUCUACAUACUUAUUCCCCAAAUAAACCAACAACUGUUCGACAAUCAAAAUGUAAGUGUUAUAUCAACGUAAAUUAUAUUUGUAUAAAAAUAUUUUGAUAGCUAUUACCAGUCAGCUUUAAUCUGUUAGGCAACAUCUUGACAUUCAAUGUUUUUAGGGUUUUACCAGUGAACGCCUAGUUUUGACAAAAGGACACAUGUAUAUUCUUUCAAGCAAAGUUAUCAUGGUCAUCGACAGACGUUUCUUCCUGAUCAGUAUCUAAGCUAUAUUGUCAUAAAAGAUGUACUGUUCACCAUCAAGUAAACAUGUUUUAAGGACAUAAUGUUAUACUUACCAAAACAGAAGCAUAUAUGUAGUAUAUAACACACUAUGUCAAAACGUAAAGUUGUCCUAUAUAUAAGCAUUGUUAAAACCAUUACGUGAUAAGUAUACUCUUUCUUAAUUAUUAUGUAUAGUCGUUCUUGUACAAUGUGUUAUUAGGUGCAUUAUGUGUUGUAUUACGUGUUACUUUCUUCAAAUAUAUAUCCCAAAAGAUGGCCAUGCAAAUUUAUGCAAAUUUAUCUCAUACAAUAAGUAUAGCCGACAACCAGGGAAAUGUCAAAAACUAAUAGACAAUAAUCCCCUCCCUCUGCCCUCACAGUAAAUUGUCUACACGAUAAUAAUUAUUUUCUGAAAGCGCUUUGUCUGUGGAGCAAAUUUGUGUCUGGAGGUUGGGUAUUUUGACUAUAACAGCCGUUUUUCUAUGUUGCCACACAUAUACAAUAUAAUUUCUUUAAAGCAGUUGUUCAGUUGUAGUUUGAAAGGUAGUUUAGUUCUUGAACACCCUUUGCACAAGAAGAUUUUUGCAAAGUGUGCCCGUUGUGUGCAAAUUUUUCUUAAUAGAAAUUUAAAUAAAAUAUUUUUUUUUAAAUUUGGCAAAAUCAAUAUUUGUAUUUUAUAAAUUGAUUACUUUGUAAAUGGUAUUUUAUAAAAAUGUAGUUUAUACAUUUUUAAUGAAGAAAUAAGUAACAUAUAUUUGACUACAUUUUUUUCUAUUGGAACAAUACAUUUAGAAAACAGAAAUAUUAGAAUUGAAUAAUUAUCAGGCACUGGGAAAAAAUGAAAUAAAUGUACAUGUUUGUCAAGCCGUGUGUGUUCUCUUUUAAAUACAUUAGCAUUAUAUUUUGGAAAAAAUCAUAUAUGAAGAAAUUAGAAUACUUGUAUUAAUAUGUUAAUGAUGGUUUAACUGUAAAGUAUGAAAAGAAGAAAAACUCAUUUUUUGCCAACUUAGAAACAUUUUGAAACAUGCGUUAUGAAAUUUCAGUUAAGUUGGUCUGCAGUUCGCAGUUCGCGUUUCCAAUUGCGAACUGCAAACUGGUCUGUAGUUCGCGAUUCGAUAUGCAAACUGCAAAAUGUUCUGCAGUUUACGAUUCAAAUUUCAAAGUGCAGUCUGCUCAGCAUUGUCCUGCGCAUUGCAGACAAGAAUGCAUUUCACAGUUGGUCUGCAGUUCGCAGUUCGCUUUUCCAGUCACUACUGAAUGCACAUGCCAUUGAAAGGGUCAUGAAAUUGGCCUUAAGUUUUUCAAACCUUUUUUAAAAGAGUUUUAACAGGUCACCAUUAAAAUUCACCCAUCACUUCUUACUAUUUAAUGGGAUUUUCAUGACAUAGUUUUAAUGCCAUAUAUUAAAAAGCCAUGAAAUAAGUACAUUAAAACCCUGGUAAAAUAUACCUUGUUAAAAUGACUUUGAUAGCCAUGAAAAGCUGCUUAAAAUAAACCAUUAAAAUAAGUUAACUGGCUCCUUAAAACUCCAUCAAAAAUUUUAAUUGGCGUGAGAUUAAUGUGCCAUUAAAAACUACCCCUUAAUUCCACAUUAAUUAGUAAAUUCUAAUGGGGCCAUUAAUUAUUUUAAUAUUCUGUUAAUGGCCGUUAAUUAUUAAAAAAUGAUUUAUGGUCUCAUUAAAUAUGUCAGAUUCAAUUUUAAUGAGUUCGUAAUAUUUUAAUGGUAAAUCAAAUUAAGGGCCAUGAAAAUUUGCCAUCAGAAUUAGACAUCUUAAGAUAAUCAACUUCAAAUUGAUAUUUGCCGUAUUGAUUUAAACUACGUAGUACUACACAUGUAAUAGUAUCUAUACAUAUGUACUGUUUUGUAAAAUGCUAGAAGAAUAUUUGAUUCUUCUUUUUUCUCUCAUUAUUUUGCAAUGUAAACACAUGUAACAGCCUCGUACAAACAUUUGUCAUAUUGUAUCCUCAUUCUGUCAUAUCUUCAUAUGAAAUGAGAAAAUAAAUGGAUAUUGUAUUGUU